CCAGGGUAGAGGAGUGGGAGGAAGGAUCCUGCUAAUUUACUUAUUAGAAGUGUAACGAAAGGAACCUGCCUAGGACUGACUGAGCCUUUCAUGAAGGAAGCAGCAGGCAAAAUCGGCCUGUCAGCUGCGAGCGGCUCCCAGGCCCUGCUCCGUUGUGGGAUAGCUCUUCUUGGCUGUCAUCCCCAGUGCAGUGAGCAGAGACUGUCCAGUUUGGCCUAUGUACAAAAAAAGCUCAUGCUCCAAAACUUUUGUUAGUCUAUAAGGUGCCACAGGACUUUUUGCUAGCUUUGAUGAGCACAUUGAUAACUCUGAGAGAGUUUCCGUUCGGACCUCCAUAGUAUUUCUUGAUAAGAAGAUGAUGCAAGAUAGCCCGAUAUAUAUCCCUACAGAUUCAAGCCAUGGUGCUGUGGACUCUCACUUGUCCCAGGAAAUCAGCACCACUGCCUCUGAACAUCUGGGUGUGUCAAACAGUGGGAGCACAGCAAGAUAUAGUGAAGGAGAAGAAAAGAAAAUGAGGAAAAAGGCGCUGCCUAUGGACUGUGCGCCAGCACCAAAUGAGAAAUUAGAACAAGCACAGAAGAUGGCAGAAAAGUUCAUUAAAGAAAAAGAGGUGUAUAAAGCCAACAGGGAACUUAUUCGAUGUGUGGCUCUUACUAGAAUUAUCUAUGGAGAUGGUCACUGGCAACUGGCACAAGCAUUCGCCAACCUGGCUCACAGCUAUUUAAUACUUCAAGGUCUUCCUGCACAGGCCAUAGAGCAUGCGGAAUCAGCCAAACAUACCAUGCUGACAGGGAUUCAUACAUCUCCAGCAACUCCAGAGGACAAAAGAGAAAUAUUAGGAACUCUUGUGACUAUCUACUUUACCUUGGGCAUAGCACAUCUGGCACAGAACAAUGGCAAAGAAUCCUACCUCAGUCUGCAGAAGGCAGAGAGACUCAUGGGAGAACUUCAAGAACUGGAUGGGAGAGUGAUCAUGGGAUUAAAAAUAUCUGAGAAAGAUUUAGUCAUUGCAUUGGGCAGGACAUGUUUGCAGCAAAACAAGUUGGACUUUGCUGUAAGUUAUUUUGAAAAAGCUGUUGAUGCAGUAAUUUCAACGGAAGGCGAUACGGCUCCAGAACUGAUAAAUCUUUAUCAGAAAAUUGCCCGAAGUGAGCAACUGAAGAAAAACCAUGAAAGAGCCAUAGCAUAUUUAUUACAGGCCCAUUCCAUUUGCAUGGCUCUGCACAAGAAACUGAGUGUUGAAGCUGCUCAGACAGGCUUGUUGCUGGGCAAAGCUUAUGCUGCAACUGGAGACCAGCAGCAUAUUGGGGCGGCUGAAAUGUAUUUUACAGAGAGUCUGAUUGCAUAUCAGGCAGCAUUGGGUGCGAAGGAUUCCCUGACACUUACUGCCGUUGAGGAAUUCAGUAAAUGGCUUGUAUAUGUAGGGAAAAAACAGCAGGCCUACAGGCUGCUGAAAGAUUCCCUGAAGUCCAUAAUAGACACCUAUGGUGAUUUUAGUGAGAAGGCAGCUGAAACUUACCAUAUCAUGGGCAGUAUCUGCCUGGCAGAGGGAGAGAUGAGAGAGGCUUACCAGCUGUUCAAUAAGUGUUUGCAGAUUCAAAUAGCUGUUUAUGGGCCUCGCAACAGGAAACUGAAAGAGACGCAAGAGCUCCUGACCGCAUUGGAGAGGUCUCCAGCUGUUCAUGAAGGGAACAGACUUGUGAAGUAGAAAAGACAGAUGGUGCUAAAUCACACUCUUGGCAAAAAUCUUG